CUGAACUUCUCGCGUUAACUCUCUCGGGCAGGACGGUUGUCUACGGAAAACACACAACCGGGACUUGAACCGGAGCUCUCUUCUCAUCUUGGUCUGUGCGUGUAUCGUUAACACUGGUUUUCGACAACUGCCUUGGGUCUCACUGUCAGUCAAUGCUGAAUAGCCCUUGAUUUUUCAUGCAGUAUUUCUCAGAUGCACCCGCAGUUGUCCGAUAAAAGAAUAGUCUGUAGAGAAUUCAUCCAGGCACUAGAUGCAUGUCAUGUUAAUAGCUGGGCGCGACUGACCGGUGGUUGCAAUCAAGAAAAGGACAGCCUUAACAAGUGCCUUCGAAAAGAGCGCAUCGAGCGCUCGACUCGUAACCGCGCCCAGGCCAAAGAGAAACGUUUGAAAACUGAACAGGCUUGGAGGGAACUGCAUCAGGAUGAUUGAACUCUAGUCGUCCCUACCCACCACACCUCUCACGUAGUCGACAUACGCAUGCUGUUUUCUGAUGUCAUUAAAUUUGUCUCACAAGAAGCUUGGCC